AUGGACCGAACGAUGGAUCUGAGGGACAUGGACUUUGAGUCCGCCAUCAUGGACGACGACAAGGACGCCGAUGUCCCCGUAAACGCGGCCAAUACUCCACAACGCCUGGGCCGCUCGCCCUUGUCCAAGACGCGCUCCAUGUCGGACGGAGGAGGAACCCCUUCCAAGCUCACUCCUUCGCCGCACAUCGCCGACGGUCGCCAGGCAUCCAAAGACGAUAACCACAUCCGAGAGACGGCCACCACGCCCGUAACCCCUCACCGAUCCGAAUUCCCCCUACGAGGCCUCUCGCUGCAGAUGCCCACGAACCGCGACCCAGCCUCCCCUGCAUCCAGCUCGUCCGCCGCUUUUACGAAACCCGCGCCGCUGUCACCGAAGCUCGACCACUCGCAAAUUUAUGCCAGCCCGACCAACAUCCUACCGCGUCGCUCUCGCGGCCUCGACUUCUCACGCGCUGCCACCAGUCUGCACCACUCAACCCUCGCCGAGUCGUCACCCGACUCGUCGCCUACGAUCGGAGGGAGAGGCAUGAACAUCCCGGGACGCAGAAGUAACGACUACGGACAGGCCGAGCAGACCACCAACUCAUUGUGGUCCAUGAUGGGUAAUCACGAGCGCAUGACGGUCUCCAGCUCGCUGGGCAGUGCAAAUCAGCUGGGGUCAGAUUCUUCUACCGACUCCGACGACGAUGACCUUAUGGAUGAGGAUAUGGACGAGCCGUACAUCGGCACACCGCAAGCCAACAAAUCCGCCGCGCCCUUGGGCACGCAACCCAUGAUGGCGCCCUGGGGAGGCUCUCCGGCGAUGAACAGUCUCAUGAGCUUCCAGCAUAGGCAACGCCAGAGGAAACUGCCGAAAAAGAAACACAAACUGCCGCUGGGUCUGGGAUUCAGUCCCGGCACAAACGCUGGUGUCUCAAAGUCACCACCAAACAACGUGCCCAAGGACAUGUCGGCGCAUUCACGCCGAGAAAGCAUCAGUUGGCAGGCCAAUCAGUUGCAUAUUUCUGGGAGCGAGGAAGAGCGAGGCGAUAACAUUGACGGCUUACUCUCGACUCCCAGCCGUGACGGGCAGCGCCCCACCGUCAUGCGACGGGUAGUCACGCAGCGUAGGAACCUGCUGCCCAAGACGAAGAACUUUGCUCGUAUCAGAGCAGCGCUGUUCGAGGAAGGUGCGCCCGUGGAGACAGAGACCCAAAGAGAGGCCGAAGUCGUCCGUCAAGUGCGAGAGAGCGACGUCGAUCUCGGAGCCCCUCGUCAACAGACUGCGCCUCCUGCUACCACGCACUCGUCGCCGAACCUAGGGAACCAAGAUCAAUCCUUGGAUGACAUACCGGAAAGCAUGAUCACUGACUCUGCCCUCAAUCUCUCUGGCAGUUUUAAGCAACAAGCCUUGAAGAAUUCAAAGGGCACCAAGUUUUGGGACACCUUUUCCGAGUCCAGCAGUAUCGGCGGCGCCCGCACGACCCCGCCUCCACCCAACGGCGGACUCCCUCGCGGCUCCUCUUCAGGAAUGAGCGAAGACAUUUGCAUGGACUCCCCUUCGCUGGGGCCAACGGCAGGCUUCGCCAUGGCCGCAAGCAGCGGCGAGUCCCAAAAGGGCGACACCCCUCUCCUCGCGCAGGGCCCGCAACCGGCACCCAGCGCCGCGGAAAUCACACGGCGAAUCAACAGCAAGCGCCGGCGGGAGGACGACUACGACCCCGUCAGUCUCAAGCGCCGGGCCGUGAGCCCUGGCAUGAGCGUGCACAACUCGCCCAUCACGCAGAGCCCGAUGCAACGCGACGUGGCGCCGUGGGGGUCACGGCCCGGCAGCAACAGCGGCGACAAGGGCGGCAGUGGCGCACCGAGCGAAUCGGGUAGUCUUGGUGGUGGCACGCCCGGCAGCGGCGCCAACGCCAAUGCCAACGCCAACGGCCGGGUGGUCAACGGGAACAAAGGACGUGUUGGGUUUCAGGGUAUGGUUGACACCAACGAUGGUCUGAUGCGUAUGAGCAUCGAGUGA